GCCUCUCUGCGCCUGCGCCGGGGCGCCGCGCCUCUCUGCGCCUGCGAGGGCGCAGUUGCGUUCUCCUCAGCACAGACCCGGAGAGCAUCGCGAGGGCGGAGCUGCGUUCUCCUCUGCACAGACUUCGGGGGUACUGCGAAGGCGGAGCAGAGUUGUUCUCAGAACAUAUUGAUGCUCUGAAAGAUAACCCCAGAAGAGUAUGAGGAGACAUACACAGUCUACACAGGCCUACUUAGAAGGUUUUGACUCCAUGGUAUCAUCUACUGAGAAACUCAGUCAUCCGACCACAAGCAGACCAGAAGCUACAGGGAGGCGGCCUCCGUCCCAGUCCCUCACAUCUUCAUCCCUUUCAAGCCCUGAUAUCUUCGAUUCCCCAAGUCCCGAAGAGGAUAAGGAGGAACACAUUUCACUUGCGCACAGAGGAGUGGAUGCGUCAAAGAAAACUUCCAAGACUGUUACCAUAUCCCAAGUGUCUGACAACAAAGCAUCCCUGCCGCCCAAGCCAGGGACCAUGGCAGCAGGUGGCGGUGGGCCAGCCCCUCUGUCCUCAGCGGCGCCCUCCCCCCUGUCAUCCUCUUUGGGAACAGCUGGACACAGAGCCAACUCCCCGUCUCUGUUCGGCACGGAAGGAAAACCAAAGAUGGAGCCUGCGGCCAGCAGCCAGGCGGCCAUGGAGGGGCUAAGGACACAGGUCCGCGAGCUGAGGAGCAUCAUCGAGACCAUGAAGGACCAGCAGAAACGAGAGAUUAAACAGUUAUUGUCUGAGUUGGAUGAAGAGAAGAAAAUCCGGCUUCGGUUGCAGAUGGAAGUGAACGACAUAAAGAAAGCUCUACAAUCAAAAUGAAUACUUGAUCAAUGAAAUGUCACAUUAUUCAUCCUGAGUCCGAGACUCAAAUUUUCUGCCCCAGCCAAAAUAAUCUUGUGCCAAAAGAUUAAAGGUUUGCCUCAAAAUGUCCCUGUUUGAAAGAUUAGCACAAAAGUCUUGACAGCACAACACAAAUUCCAUCCAAGAGGAGAAUCUUCCCCAGGGUUUAGUCCUGGGGCUGGCACUCGUUGUGACUUACACAGAGCAAAAUUGUGCUAAAGGCUUUUCUACUCUGAGAUCUCAAUGUGAAAUGAAAACUCAGGCAGUUUAGUCCAUAGUGGUACUAUUUUGAUGAUAUUUUCCAUUAAUAAAAUGUAAUUUCAGAUUAUUCAUUUACAAGCUUUAUAAUUUUAUGAUUUUUUAAUCGCGUUUUGUCACAGACUUCCCUAGUGUUUGUACUACACGUAGUCAGAAGCGAGUGUCCUUUUCUUUUGCUUCAGGCUAAGAGCUGCCUCGCUCUUUGUCCCCCCAUUAGGAUUCUAUUACAUAUGCAAUUGUAGGUUCAACCUGUCCCUUUCCCUGCCAGCAAACCCCACCACCCUAAGAGAAAUUUUAGCUUAUAUAUGAUGGUAUAUUUACAAAAAGAGAAAGAGAAAGUCUGGUAUUUGCAAUGAUCUGUGCCUUCUUUUUACCACCCUCUUGAUUGGAGCUUUUGUGAUGCAGCUACCAUGAUUCAAAAAAAUUAAAAAUUAAAAAAAAUCUGCCACUUAUCCAAGUCCACUAGAGGCCACUGUCUUCAAAGCUUCUCUCACCCUAGCCAAAGGUCCUAAGAGGAGACAGCUGUGAAGUUGGGCGUGCUCUGUGGUACCAGCUGUGACUUUUCUAUUUCUCCUACUUUUAGGUUGUUCAUGAAACUAGAAAUGUCAUCCUGCUUGAUUUUUCAUCAGCCAAGUUAAACCCCUGCUUUCUGUCCUUUGCCCCUUUUGCGUGAACAGAAUAUGCAUUAUUAAAGCAAAAAUAAAUAAAAGUAAGAUGCAAAUGAAAACAAGGGAGGGAAAGUUGUAUUAUUUCCUGCACUGGGUUACCCGUGUGUGUUAUCGUUUAAACUGUAUUCACAUAAUAUCAUUUGCCUUGCUCACUUGUAACCCCUUCCUCAGGUCCAAGAGAAUGGGAGGAGGGUCAUGUUGAAGUGUAGCCAUUGGAACUUUCUUGCAUUUAUGGAGUUGCUUUUUCUUUCCCAAGGAAACUGAUGUUUGCCUGUCCGCUUUAUCUUUGUAGUAUAUGAACAGUUCAGCCUUAGACUAUGUAACUGUUUUCUCAUCCUUAGCUGAAAAUGAGGGGCCUACUGUAUUGCGAGACUGUUCAGGGGUAGGGAUGGAGGGGGUGGUCCCUUAAUGGCCCCUGAAGAUGUUGGAUGUGUUUCUCAAAAGCUGCUUUGUCUAUUUCCUGAGUUUAAUAGUGAAACUACUAAACAUUAAUAGAUUUGCACAGCCACAAAGAAUGGGAGUUGAUAAUACUGAAGAAGCGAUGCAAAAACAAAAAAUCACAUUAUUGAUCAUUGAUAGUAUUACAAAUAAAUGUCUCUUCCUUUCUCUUCCUCCCUCCCUCCUCCUGCCUUCCUCUUAACCUAUGUGCUCAUCCUUGCUACUUGAGACUGUUAUUUCCCUCCGAGUAUUUAAGGAGCCCAAACACCUUGGUCUUCCUGGGUGGGGGCAUAAUUAAGGGAAGGGAGUGUAUAAGGAAGGAAACCUCAUACCCUCCAUUCCCAUCCCUGGAUAUAUUGCCUUUCCAGCAGCCUCGGGUUCAGUGUGCUUGGGGUCAGGAGUGACAGGUUCCCAAGAGCAGCGUAAAAUAUCCAUGUACCCCUUGACAGUUAUAAGCAUUUCUGCGUUAAACUUGAAGAUUCCAGAGAUUCCCCACGACCUAAUGAUCUAAGAAUGCAGAUUGGAUUCUUUGAUGUUCAAAUUUCUCAUCUACUUAUGAAAAUCCCUAAUUAUAUAGUUUUAUAUAAUGUGUAUACAGAGUAGGAUUGUUGAUGAAAUUGAGAGGUUGGAUCACCCUCAUGGAGCACUGGCAACAUGGAAUGUAGAGAGCUGAUGUCUUCCCCCUCAUAGAGGCCAUUGGCUUCCUUUGUAUAAGCAGAGGGAGAAGUGAUUCUGGAAGGAGAAGUUGGUAUGUCUAGCUUCAUUGCUGCCCCUCGGGCUACCCAGCAAGAGGAUUCUGUGUCAAGGAACUGGAGGAGCCACUACCCAAACUGCCACCAUCUUUACUCUUUACAAAAUGGACCCAUCGAGAAUGUUGAAAAGCUUGGAAGUAUCACUUUUGAAAAAAAAAUUAUUUUGCAUUCAGCAUGGACUCGACCAGGCAUCUAUGGAGAUUAUUUUUUUGCUUCAUUUUAUAAAGUUGUAUUUAGAAAAGUCUUAAGUAUUGUGCUUUGUAAAGAAGAUGAUUAAAAUGAAAUUUUGUGAGAA